AUGGCAAGACUAACCCUAAGGAAAAACACAUUCUCAGAACAAGUUCUAGACAGAUUUGGAAAGCCAGUUUUGGCUUCUCGUGCAUACUACAUUUUGCCAGCACUCUUUGGGCCAACAGGUGGUGGAGUAAGUCCCAAUAUAACAUCUCAAAACACUAAAUGCCCAGUUACUAUCAUACAAGAUUUUUCUGAGGCUGAACAUGGCAAGCCAGUAAAGUUCACAAUGCUAGGAAAGAACAAUGGUUUCAUCUCCGCAGACUCGCCUUUAGAAUUUGCAUUUCAAGCCAAGCCUGGUUGUGCUACAUCUUCCAACUGGGUCGUGGUUGCUGAUGAUUUCCCCAUGAAAUGGAUCGGUAUUGGCACUGCCAGAGACCAUCCAGGGAAGAAACUCAUAAAUGGAGCCUUCAAAAUUCACAAAUAUAAUGUGGGAUAUAGGCUUGUGUUCUGUCCCACUAAUGCUUCUGCUAAUUGUUCUAAUAUUGGCAAGUAUAAAGAUGAGAAUAGAUAUCGUCUCGUAACAAACACUGACUUUCCCUUCCCUGUUGUCUUUUUGCCUUUCACUGCUUAA